AGUAGUAGAGUGGACCUGUCAAGUACAGGGGAUCCGACCCCGUUCCGCAUAUACUGCUGAAUGUAAGUCUGAACUGCGUUUCUCUAUAUACGAAUUCUGGAGAGAGAAAGAGGUUGGUUUAGACGUUAGAGCGAGAAAGAAUGGAGGAAGAACAACAGCAAGAGGAAGUACUUGGUUCAAGCUUAACAAUGGAGAAAGUUGCUGCUGCUAAACAAUUUAUUGAGAAUCACUAUAAGACUCAGAUGAAAAGCAUUCAAGACCGCAAAGAGAGGCGCUGGAUUCUAGAGAGAAAGUUAGCAUCUUCAGAUGUGCCUAAAGAGGAGCAGAUGAAUCUGAUCAAGGAUCUAGAGCGUAAGGAGACAGAGUAUAUGAGACUGAGGAGGCACAAGAUUUGCGUGGAUGACUUUGAGCUUCUAACAAUUAUUGGCAGAGGAGCCUUUGGCGAGGUUCGUUUAUGCAGGGAGAAGAAAUCAGGCAAUAUAUAUGCUAUGAAGAAAUUGAAGAAAUCUGAAAUGCUCAUAAGGGGACAGGUGGAGCAUGUUAGAGCAGAAAGGAACCUGCUGGCAGAAGUGGCCAGCCAUUGUAUUGUGAAAUUAUACUACUCAUUCCAAGAUGCUGAGUAUCUUUACCUUGUCAUGGAAUAUCUUCCUGGUGGUGACAUGAUGACACUGCUGAUGAGAGAAGACACAUUGUCAGAAAGUGUGGCUAAAUUUUAUAUUGCUCAAAGUGUCCUAGCCAUAGAAUCUAUUCACAAGCAUAAUUACAUUCACAGAGAUAUCAAACCUGACAACCUUCUUCUGGACAAAAAGGGUCACAUGAAGCUCUCUGAUUUUGGUCUCUGUAAGCCUCUUGAUUGUAGAACGCUAUCUACAUUAAAUGAAAAUGAAGCUAUGGAUGAUGAGAAUAUCAGGGACCCGAUGGACAUUGAUAGCAGCUUCCCAGAUGCCAAUGAUGGAAGUAACUGGAGAAGCCCUCGUGAGCAGAUUCAGCAUUGGCAGAUGAACAGGAGGAAAUUGGCCUUUUCAACAGUGGGUACGCCUGACUAUAUUGCUCCGGAGGUACUGUUGAAGAAAGGAUAUGGAAUGGAGUGUGACUGGUGGUCCCUUGGUGCAAUUAUGUAUGAAAUGCUCAUUGGUUACCCUCCGUUCUACUCUGAUGAUCCAAUAACUACUUGCAGGAAGAUUGUCCAUUGGAGAAAUCAGCUUAAAUUUCCCGAAGAUGCCAAAUUGUCAGCGGAGGCAAAGGAUCUCAUUUGCAGGUUGCUAUGUGAUGUUGAACAUAGACUUGGCACUGGAGGAGGUGCAAACCAAAUUAAGGCUCAUCCUUGGUUCAAGGAUAUUUUGUGGGAUAAGCUUUAUGAAAUGGAGGCAGCUUUCAAACCAGAAGUUAAUGGGGAGCUGGAUACUCAGAAUUUUAUGAAGUUUGAUGAGAUGGAUUCUCCAACACCGGCAAGAUCUGGUUCAGGUCCUUCUCGGAAGAUAUCAUUGACACCCAAAGAUUUAAGCUUCGUUGGCUAUACUUACAAAAAUUUUGAUGCUGUCAAAGCACUACGCAACAAUUCAGAUCCUACGAGGAGUACCUCACCUAGACGGUCAAUUGAUUCCAUAUUUGGUGAUUCCAAAGACUAUCCUUCAACGAAUGGAACAGCUGGGGAAACAGAUGUACAAAUGAUUACAUCAACCGGUGAUGCAAUGUUACCAUGACAAUGCAACUGUUUUAUUGAAAGAAACAAACUCGCACGGAAGGGAGGUAGCAUAUACCUGUGGUAUUAGAUCAGGUUGCUCACCCCUUUACCAGCAUUCAAGGUGGUGUCUACAUUAUGCAGAACCAUCCUCUAAGUGUACAGCAGAGCUUGAGAAACUUUGUUUUAACUUGUAGGAUAAAAACUACUUGUAUGUGCUAUAGAAACUUAGAAUAGCUUGAUGUAUUAUUGCCCUGAUUGCCCAGGUUGGCACUCAAAUGCUUUCUCUUGUGGCAGUGUUUGGUCAGAUAAUAUAAGUAAAUGGGAAAUUAUCCAAUAACUUUUCCUCUUGGGGUAUACUCUUUUUAAUGGUCCAAGGAAAUGUGAUAUUCAUACUGUAA